CGUAAUUACCGAAUCUUCACAUGAUGAUCAACAUUGAACAGCAGCAAGCUAAGCCCCCAAAAGAGGGAACGUAACCCUCCCUCUCCUUAAGUUUUAAGUUAGGCUACACAACACAUUAGCUAGAUUCAAGCUCUCUAUCUAGCUAUCUCACUAAAUAGACUCCAUCGAAACUCGUUUUCCCCCCAAAAACUACUCUUCCCCACUUCAUUUUUCUUGCCUUCACUUCCCUUCCCUUCUCUCUAUACUAUACUUCUCUCCAUCGUCUCCCCCAUUCUCUUGCUCUCCAUGCUUCCUCCAAUUCCCUUAACAACCCUUCUCGGCCUCAAGUUGUUCCUCCAUGGCCGCCGCAAUAUUGAAACUACCAUCACUAGCCUUGUUGCUCCUCCUCCUCUGGCUCUCCCUUCUCUUUCAUGAAUUCUACGGCUUCAAGAGACAUACGGUCAUCACCUCCAACCCAUCCACAUUCCAUGCGUCCCGGCCGGCGGUAGUGGUGAACCACAGGAAAGUUCUGGCCAGCAACUUCGACUUCUCUCAAUUCCGAAAGCCAACAACGACGACGACUCAUCAUCACCACCAUCACCGUGUAACGUCGAGUCCGCCGCCGGAGAUCGAUCCUAGAUAUGGCGUCGACAAGCGGCUAGUCCCUACGGGUCCAAACCCAUUGCACCAUUAAUGAUGAUCAUGAUCAAUGGUUAAUCGUCAUCAUUGUUAUGAUGUUAUCUCUCUCUCUCCCGUUGUUCUCUUUUGUCUGGUGCCAAAGUUACUAUUAAUUAUGAAUGCAUCAUCAUCAUCAUCUUCACCAAAUGUUAAUCAUGAUCAGGUUUGGUGAAAUCAAGAUAUCUUGAGGGACAAUUAAUAUGAGAGAGUUAGCUAGCUUUCAUGAUUACCUUGAAUGAUACAUGUUUCCUAGUAUAGUAGUAACUCUUCCUCCCUCCCCGGCUCCAAAUCCUUUGUUUCGUUUUGUUACCUUAAUUUUUUUUUUAUUAAUCACUUACCUAGCGUCCAGUUUUCAUGAUUAGUAGAUAUGUAAUAGCUAGAGAGGAGAUUUUAUAUAUAAUUUUGUAAAGAUUAUGAUAAAUUUUCAUGAAUACA